GAUGAAGAUAGAGGAUAUAGUAGAGAUAAUUCGCGUUUGUGUGUACAUCUUGAUUAUGAGAGUUUUUCCAUGGGGAAAUGGAGUGAUAUUCCGUGUCAUCGUAGACUAGCAUAUGUUUGUCAAAAGUCUACAAAUCCAUUAUUGACGGAACCAUCAAAGGACCCUUUUAUGUGUGGCAACAUUACUGGAUGGAGCAGAGUAGGAACAACAUGUUACGGUAUCUUUGAAGACAGUCAAUUGUCUUGGGUUGAAGCUCAGGCUAAAUGCAGAACAUACGAAGCCAAUUUAGCCACUUUUACUUCGUAUGCCGAUGCUAUUUUCUUGAAGAAAAAAAUCAGGAGGCAAGAUCAAUUCUUCUGGAUAGGAGUAAGAGAAACUAAAAUGAAUCAGUAUGUACCAGUGAUAAAACGUGAAACUACCUAUGCAAACUGGUUCAGUGGGCAACCUCGGCGAAAAUCACAAAUUAACAACUGCGUGUCCAUGGAUAGCCAAGCAAGAUGGAUAGUGCAAGAUUGCACAGAAAAGAAGUCUUUCGUUUGUGCUCUGAGUACUGAACAAGAAGAAUAUAAGAAUAGAGGAACAUAUGAAUCUAUUUUAGAAAACAAAAUGGAGGAAGAAAUAAAGCCUACAGUUGGUGCGAUUAUUGAAAAUGACCUUGUUUGUCCUGAGAAUGCUACCUGGGUCAAGCUCGGAAAUAUUUGUUAUUACUUUUCAACUAACUAUAAAUUCUGGCUCAAGGCUAUGUUUCUCUGUCAUCAAGCAGGUGGCAGUUUAGCCAGCUUUCAUUCAUUAGAAGAAGUUAAAUUAGUUCAGAACUAUCUUAAGCAGGAAGGCUACAAUACACUUUCAUCAUUCAGUAUUGGUCUCGGAAGAGGAGCUCGUGGUAGUUACGUAUGGGUAGAUCGAAGUCCUGUGGAUUUCACUUAUUGGGAAGACGAUAAACCACCUUCUGAUCUUCGGAGUAAUAACGAGUGUGUGAAAUUCAGUUUAGGUACAGCGAGAUGGCAUCCUAUGAACUGUGAUUAUGAGCCAGCGCCGUAUAUGUGUUCCUUUUCUAAAGAAGCUUUUAAACUCCAAAAAACUGAUUUAGUGAUAAAUACAACAAAAUUACACCUGUUGGAUAGAAAAAAUGAAGACCUUAGAAAGAGUGAUGUUGGCUACAGCCUUAGUACUGGAGGCAUUGUUGGAAUAUUGAUUUCGGUGAUGCUAAUAUUGAUAGUGAUUAUUGGUGUAAUUUAUCAUCUUUUCUAUUCAUCGCAUAGAACUGUAAGCCCUACUUUGUUAGAACCAGAUAAUCUUUGACGAGUGAACAUUGACGAAAUAAGAAUUUUGUUGCACUUUUGUAAUGUUAAAUAUUUACGUAAGAUUAAAUGAAAUCGUUUAUUUUCA